AUGGUGCUCCCCUUGAAGGCACUCAGCUGCAUCCUGGCCCUCCCCAGCUUGAUUGGGGCGAGUUCUCCAGGGGCAGACCCCCCGCCAACGGGCUGCCUCCACUCCAACAGAAUCCCGGAGACCAAGUCGAUUCCCUGCCCUGCUACCUACACCUGCCACUCCGGCUACAGUCACCCAUGCCCCAACUGGCUUAGGAGUCGUAGCCUACGCUGCGACAAUUGCGGGGAUGUCAAGUUGGAUUACACCGAAGCAUGCGAACGGGCCCCCCACGGCAAGAGCCCAUGCUACUACACCACAGCAGGGACAGGCCAACACCAAGGAUGGGACAGGGAGCCGCGGCUGACCCAGCCGACACAAUAUGGCCCUGAUGAGCAGGCCAACGAUGUCGGCCGGUUGAGCCCGCCUGAGAUGAUCGUCAGCUUGACCAGCAGUCAGGCUACGGUCCGACACACACAACCAGCCAACGAAGGCUUGUUUGAAGGAGCAAGCCAACACCGUCGGCUGGUUGAGCCUUUAUCAAACGUUGGUUUGAGUCGGCUUGACCAAGGGUGGUAG